AUGAAAACCUCAACGGCCCUCGCCGUCCUUUUUGGGCUGGCCUUGGCAGCGCCAGAAGGACCCAAGGCAACAGUUCAGAACAGGGCACCAUGGAACCUCCGAGCCAUCUCUCACCGAUUCCCUCACAAGCUUCCAUCGGUAACUGUGUUUCGGAAUUUCGAGUAUUACUAUGAUUUGUGGACCAAUGGAAAGACGUAUUAUGCGUAUGUAGUCGACACCGGUAUUCGAACUACGCAUCAAGAGUUCGAGGGCCGUGCUGAAAACCUUUGGACUGCCGUUAAGACUGCUACCGGGGAGGAUGACUUUAGUGACGGGACCGGCCACGGAACUCACGUAGCUGGAAUUAUCGCCUCCAAGACCUACGGCGCGGCUAAGCAGGCUAGAGUGCUAUCUGUCAAGGUUUUCGACGACAAAAACGAUGCAACCACUUCCCAGAUAUUGGCAGGAUUCAACCACGCUGCCAACGACAUUGCGGACAAGGGCCGCAAGAAUACUGCCGUGAUUAACUGUUCUAUGGGAUCGGCUUCAUCGCCAGCGUUGAAGCUUGCCUAUGAGAGAGCCCAUCAUAGAGGUAUAUUAACCGUCACCAGCGCCGGUAAUAAUGCCCAGAGCGUUGGUGCAGCAUCAGCCAGUUCUGCAAGUGGCUCUAUAACGGUUGGAUCUAUCAAUCAAGAUUGGAGUAUUGCGUCCCAUUCCAACUACGGUCCUCAUGUCAACAUUUUUGCCCCAGGAGCGGAUAUUCUCUCCCUUUCACACAAGAGCGAUUCUGCCACUGCCAUCAUGUCGGGCACUUCAAUGGCUGCACCCCAUGUCGCCGCCAUAGUUUUGAACGCCAUGGCAGUCCACUCACAAGAAAGCAGUCUGGUCGAUUUCUUUCUCGAGACUACUGCAACGAGGGAUAAGAUUACAGGUGACCUUCGUGGCUCCCCAAACGUGCUUGUGAACAACAACAACGACAGGCAGGAGUCGUCGUGUGGCCAGCAGGACGACAGAUGUUGA